AAAAGUGAUAAUAGCAAAAUUUGUUUUAUAAUUUAUAAAAUUUUAAAUAACAUACAGAGACAAGUUAUUCUGUAAAUACCCAUCUGAAAACGAGUAUCAUGUACUAGAAAAUAUGAGUAAAAUGUGAUUUAUACCAGGAGUUUUGUGGAAAGGUUUUGAAAUUAUUUUAAUUAAAAAAAAGCUAUGAACAAGGAUUGCGAUGCAUGAUUAGUGCAUGUUCUGAGUUUGUAGUUCAGAGCAGUAAUUUUGAAGAUUUGAACAGUUCAGAAGAAGAAUCUGCUCCUGUUAAAUUAAGCAGCUCUAAGAUUAAAGCAUCUUUAAAAGAUAUCUCUUCAUUUAAAGAGCAUAAUGAAUCCAUUGUUUCUUUUAAAGUAAAGAAAAGGAGAUUGUCAUGCCGUGAUGAACAAUCUAAUGAUUCUUCGUCCUCAUCUCCUAAAAUAAAGAAAAUAUUGACCUCUAAAUGUAACCCAGCAAAACAAAACUAAAUGAUAAAGAGUUCCAGUGUAUCACAUGAAAACUUCAGGAAAAAUUUAGACGAAGAUAAAAUAAGUAAAAAAGAUCUUAGUAUUGAAAGCAGUGGAGAUAGUGAUAUUUCAAAAGAGUCUUUUGUUUCCUUUGAAGUAAAGAAAAAGCAAUCGUUGUGUCGUGAUGAAGAAUCUAAUGAUUCCUUGUCCUCAUCUCGGGAAAUAAAGAAAAUAUUGAUCUCUAAAUGUAAACCAGUGAAACUAAACCAAAUGAUAAAGAAUUCCAGUAUAUCACAUGAAAACUUCAGGAAAAAUUUAGACGAAGAUAAAAUAAAUAAAAAAGAAAUGAUAAAGAACUCCAGUAUAUCACAUGAAAACUCUAUGAAAAGUAUAAACGAAGAUAAAAUGAAUAAAAAAGAUGUGAUACUAAAUCCAAAUUAUAAGUAUUGUCCUACAUGUGGCUGUGCAGCUAAAGGUCAUGCAUCGAAAGCUAAUCUGGAAUCUGCUAGGAGAAGUAUCGAAUAUCGUAUUAGAGAGGAAGCGAAAAUCACAAGAACGUUGUUUAGUCUUCACAAUUACACAGUUGAUAUUCAAAAAAUAAUGACCGAACAGACAAUUAACGAAUUACCAUUUAACCAUGCAGAAAGCUUCCUUGAUUUUGAUAAUAAAUUGAAGACUGAUUUAGUAAUGAUGCAAAAACUGAAAUGCUUUAUCAUAUUAAAUGUGAAAAGUACAUUAAAACUUUCGGAAAGUUUUUCUUUUAUAAUUCCUAAGAUUAUUUUACCAAGUAUUCAAGUGCUAUUCAGUGCUUUUGGGCGAGAAUCAAACGGUGUAAAAAAGUUAAAUUUCUCUGGUACAGAAACUUACAAAUAUUUGCUAGAAGUAGUUACAAUGAAAUUUCCUGACAUAAAUGAAAAAGAAAUUUCAAGUAAAAUAAGUCGCUGGUUUUCAGGUGCAAAGGAUAGAGAUGGUGGAAAGAGAUACCGAUUAUUAAAAUAAAAAAAGUCGUGAAGAGCGAAAGGAUAUCGAAAAUGAAGACGAAAUUCUAUAAUUUUAUCUAUUUGUAAUAAUAAAAAAAAAAAUUACUUAAAAAGUAUAAAUAAUAUAAUUUUUUUAAUAAAA